ACAAGUGUAGGGAAAUAGCCUUCACUUUUGUUUACGUGCGGUCAGCAGACAGCUGCCGUCGCGCCUUCCUGCAAACUCAGCAUUGUUGGAUUUUUUUUCUACUCGCACGUUCAAAAAGCUCCGCGUCACGAAUCCGUGGCCGUUGAGGAUGUUUACUUGAUCGCGGGCGAGCCUGUUUAGAUGCCGACAGGAGGAUGAGCUCCAUCAGCGGUCGGGUUCUCGCCGUCCCCGCCGCCUGUGUCACCAACUCUGGAGCUUCCUCCUCCCGAGCCUUGCACGUCGAGCUCACAUCCCAACAGAGACGAUUGCGUCACCUCCGGAGCAUUGCAGCAAGAAACAUUGUCAACAAGAAUGGUUCCCCCCUGCUGGACACUUACUUCACCCUACACCUCUGCAUAGGAGAGCGCAUAUCUAGUGAUUUUUACAAGAGUGAAGUCAUACGUGACUCACUGAAUCCUACUUGGCGGAGCUUGGACUUUGGUAUGUUGCCGGACCUUUUGGAUACCUCAGUCUCUUGUUUUGUGGUAAGGAUUUGGGGAGGACAACAAGAACAGUACCAGCUCCUCAUAGAAUGGAAGGUCAACCUGGAUGGCGUCAGAUACACGGGACAGCAGAUUCGAUCCAGGAAUCCAAAUGAGAUCAUAUUCGGGUUGAAUGAUGGUUAUUAUGCUGCUGACUUUGAUCAGAAGGAUCAGUCAGAGCGGAAGAAAAAUAGUCUACUUCAUGUUGACCAAAGCUCAGUCAGGAAUUCCUACAGUGUCUUCUCUUUGCUCAGGCUUCACACAGCCCAGAGAGCCAUCAAACAGACCCAGGUAACAGUACAGAAGAUUGGCAAAGAGAUUGAGGGGAAACUAAGAACAACAGCGACAUGCACAGUGCGGAAGAAGGAGCGGGAGUUUAUGCAGCUACGUUUAGCCGUUCUUCGGAGUGAGCUGCAGCGGCAGAGGAAGGCUCUUGGCAGAGAGAUAGGAUUGCGGCAGAAAGACAGAGCGCUGCUUCAGAAGAAAGAGGAAGUGUUUGCCAUGCAGCGUGAAAGUCUGGAGGAGGAAAAAGAAUCUUUAACCAUGCUUCAUAAGGAAUGUACCGCCAAGAGAGAGCAGUUCCUCAAGUCCAACGCCCAGCUCAACUUCCGAUGCCGUCAGCUUCUCUCUGAGCUUUCCUACAUUUACCCGAUCGAUGUGGAAAAUCCGUCGUACUAUGUUAUCUGUGGAGUGAGGCUGCCAAAUUCUGAAGAUUUUCAAGCAAAGGAUGAUGGGAGCGUGGCGGUCGCCCUGGGUUACACGGCACACUUGGUCUUGAUGAUUUCAUGCUUCCUGCAUAUCCCUCUAAGGUAUCCAGUAAUCCACAAGGGAUCACGCUCCUCCAUUAAAGACACCAUCACAGACAGACUCACAGAGAAGGAGAGAGAGUUCCCUUUGUAUCCCAGAGGAGAGCGCUUCCAUUUUGAAUAUGGGGUCUACUUGCUCAACAAGAACAUCGCUCAGCUCAGAUAUCAACACGGCUUGACCACCCCAGACCUGCAGCAAACACUGCCCAACCUGAAGAACUUUCUUGAACAUGGCUUGCUUGUCAAAUGUGACCGACACCAAGUCUCCAGUUCCAUUCCAGUACCGUCCAAGUCUCACCUUGGGCCGCCCGGCACCUCUGAAGUCAUUCGCCCUCGCCAAAGCAGCUCCCCAGAUCGGGGUCUGAGGAAGCGGGCGAGCUCCGAGGCCGACAAGAACAAGAGCAUUCCUCCAGGCUAUGACGUCGCCGCGGGGGCGGGGCCGGCCACGACGACAGCGCUGUCGUCUCCGCCGAAAGUCCUGUCAUCGUCUCUCGAUGCCGCCAUGGCCUCGCUUGACCUCACCGAGCCUGCCGCAGCCAAAGAGGAGGAAGCGGCGAUGGGAGUAAGUGGAGAGCAAACAGCGGAGGUGGAAAGAUGCAGCAGCGCCGAAGAAGCCUCCUUCGCACCCGGGGGCGCCGCCGAGCACGCGGGGGUCAUGAACGGCUCGCCGGCUUCUGGUCUGCGCUGCUCGGUGGAGCAGGCGGAGGAGAUCAUGGGCACGGAGGCCAUCAACCUGGGAACAGAACCCGAGGGCGGCUCGGGCGUGACGGAGGAGACCCGGCUGGAAGAGUACCACCGCAUCCCCGUGGACCAGGCGGUGGCGGUGGAAUGUGACGAGCAGGUCCUGGGCGAGCUGGACGUUGCCGGAUUUGAGGAGUUUUCUAGACGCAUCUACGCACUGAACGAGAACAUGUCCAGCUUCAGACGACCGCGCAAAAACUCUGACAAGUGAGGAACAACGAUGGAUUAUAACGGUUGGAUUCUGGAAUAAUGACCACUUUGCACUUAUUAUUAAAUAUAUAUCAAUAACAUAUUUUCAAACAUAAUGCAGUUACAAGUAUUUGGACAACUUUUAUUUUCUGAUGCCGGCAUUAAUAUAUUUUAACAUCCAU